GCUACUUGAACUGAGAGAAAGCAACAUCUUGAUCUCUGCAUGUUUCUGUGUAAAUGGACCGAGGCUAGCUGGCUUGUGUGCAGGUUGGUAGUAAACUCCGCAACUCACGAGUAUGGCGACUUAAAAACACCUUUAACCUUUCUGUAGACUUAUACCGCCGUCUUUGCUUUUGUGUUUGUCUGCUGUUUAUUUUAGCACCGCAGUUCCAGGAGUCGUUGCCAUCUCAACUGCUUAAUUUUGACUGUGAGCGAUUCCUCCUCAGCAAGUUAGCCGCUAAUGCUAGCCUCCAUAUAAACGUCCAUAACUUAUGUGAUCAUUUCAAACUCGUCUUUAAUAUAUCUUGUUUGCACGAGAGCGCACUCGAGCUCUAGUGUCCAAGUAGAGCGAGAGAAGACGGGUUUUUGUGUGUGUGAGGGGGAAACAUGUCAGGAGCUAACAGAGGACAGGGAAGCGCGGCUAGUGAGAUUCACAACCAAGAGAAUAUGCAGUCAAGACUGAGAGGCUCGCUGAAAGCCAGAGCUGCUGCUGCUUCAAACGAGAACCAGGAAAACCUUCCACCGAAACAAGCGGCCAACAGAACCGUCCUGGGAGCCCUGCCGACCAACCAGCGGAGCAAAACCCAGAACCAGCGCGGCACCAAGCAGGAGUCAUCGCAGCCCCUGUCCUGCAAAAAUGAAGAUUUUGGCAGAACCUGCUCAGAGAAGCCCUCAGCCAAGCAGCCCUCGUUCCAGAUCCACGUGGACGAGCCCGAUGGAGCCUGCACCAAGAAGCCACAGCAGGUGGUCGAAGCUGUCAAAUCCAAGCCCAUCCCUGAAGAUUCUCCCCUCACAAUCAAUGCUGUGGCACGGCUCCGACAGCCCCUGGCCACCAUCGACAUGCCAUCAGCAAUGGAUGUCAGCUUUGACUCUCCCAUGGACAUGUCUGUGGUUGAAGGGGAGGAAAAACAAGUCAAUGUAAAUGAGGUCCCAGAAUAUGCUGCUGAAAUCCACGCCUACCUGAAGGAGAUGGAGGUAAAAACCAGGCCGAAAGCAGGCUACAUGAAGAAGCAGCCUGACAUCACCAACAGCAUGAGGGCCAUCCUGGUGGACUGGCUGGUCGAGGUCGGAGAAGAGUACAAGCUCCAGAAUGAGACACUUUAUCUGGCUGUAAACUACAUCGAUCGCUUCCUCUCUUCCAUGUCUGUCCUGAGGGGGAAGCUUCAGCUGGUCGGGACUGCUGCCAUGCUGUUGGCUUCGAAAUUUGAAGAGAUCUACCCCCCUGAGGUGGCAGAGUUUGUUUACAUCACAGACGACACCUACACCAAGAAGCAAGUGUUGAGAAUGGAGCAUCUGGUGCUUAAAGUGCUCUCCUUUGAUCUGGCAGCACCAACCAUUAACCAGUUUCUCACCCAGUACUUCCUCCACCAUUCGGUUAACAAACAGGUGGAGAGCCUGGCAAUGUACCUUGGGGAGCUCAGUCUUGUUGAUUCAGAUCCCUUUUUGAAGUACCUCCCAUCACAGACGGCUGCAGCGGCCUACGUCUUGGCCAACAACACAGUGACUGGUGGCUCAUGGCCCAAGUCCUUGACGGAGAUGUCUGGCUACUCCCUAGAAGAUCUGAUGCCAUGCGUCGAAGAUCUGCACCGCACAUACCUCAGUGCUCCUCAGCAUGCGCAGCAGUCUGUUCGGGAGAAGUACAAGGGCCCCAAGUACUCUGAAGUUUCCCUCAUUGAUGCUCCGGCUAAACUGCUGUUGAACUAACAUCCUUCCCCCUCUCCCCUUGUCCAUGUAGAGUUUUGUACACCUGUCGGUCAAUUUUUUUUAAUUUUUUUGUCACGAUUUCAAAGGACAUGGUCUGCUCUUCUUGGAGUAGCACAAUGUUUAGAGGUUUUUUUUAUUUUUUUUAAAAAAAGGUAUUUUUAUAUGCUUAAUCCUGACAUUCAUACCAGACGCUACAGUUGGUUGAUCAAGCAAUUUUAAUGUUGACUUUUAAUCGCAGACAAAAUCACCAUCCUGUACAUUCUGCUUUGAGCUACAGUGUUUCAAACUCUAAUAGACCUGUGAACAUACUCAAUCCCAGAACCUGUUUUGAAAAGGUUGAAUCAAGCAGUUAUUGUUGCUGACCUCAUGGGAUGCAGAUUAAAGUACAUUUUGUCUGUAAUGGAGUCAGCUGUCUCAUUACACUGGUGUCUUUUGAAGUUAACAGCUUUUAAAAGCACCAUCUGCACUGUAAAAUAUGGCUCUUGUAAAUAAAAUUCAUUUAAAGUAAGACUGUUUCCAUUUUAUGGUCACAUUGGACUCUUGGGGGCAGCAGAGGACCAGUUUUGGUUCUUCAUGGUUUCUCCACAUUACAUGAGUGUUUGGAAACUUAAAUUUUAACAUAACAGUGAUUCUGUUAAGGUCUGAAAAUCAUAAUAAAUGUGCACAAAAUCUCUACUUGCCUAGAAGGGUCAAAUAGGGUCUUGAUUGAGCUUACUUUAAAUUUCAUGCCUGUGAUGGAUUAUUGAUCUAGAGUGCCUCACCUUAUGUGCAUCUAAUUACCCUGGCAUAUGAGGCUAUAAAUCUAAGCUGUUGCUGAACACUGAAGGCUAAACUGUUCUAUCGACGCGAAGGGACAGUGAAUUAUGAAGGUAAUUUGCUCAAGUAUUAAAGUAACAGGCUUUAGAACUGGUUCGUUUUCUGACAUUGCAUUGUUAAAAUCUGAAUGGUAAUUUUUGUUAAUGGAAUAUAUCUCUUACUUUAGUAAUUUAGUUUCAGCCUUGAUGCUCAGUGCAGAGGAUUCACUGUCUGCUAGCUAGGGCCGCAGCUAACAAUUUUCACAAUCUGUCAAUUUAAUGAUUUAUUUAGUUGUUUGGUCUAUAACAUCUCAAAAUUUUGUAAAAUGGUAGCCAGUGUUUCCCAAAGCUCAAGAUGUCAUUCUCAAAUGUCCUGUUUUGCUCACAACCCAAAGAUAUUCAGUUUGUCAGAGGGGUAAAGAAACAAAUAUUCACAUUUAAGAAGCUGGAAUCAGAAUUGCAACUUUAAAAAGUACUAAAUCAUCAAAUUAGUUGGUGAUUAAUUUAAUAAUUGACAGCUAAUUAAUUAAAUUUUGCAGCUCUAUUGCUAGCUAGCUGUCACUGUAUCCUGGACCACAAUGGGAAGUGCAAAUUCAAUUUAAAAGUGGCCAUUUAACCAAGAUUUCGCGACAUGGAUGAAACUGGUACAAGGCAAUGAGGGUCUGAGUACUUUAUUCAAACAGCUUUUCAAAACUUGGCAUAAUGGAAUUCAAGUCAGUGGGAGCAGGAAACAAAAUUGCCCAGAAAACCUGCCAAUGAAUGCAAGAUAUUGCACAAAAGUCUUGUUUUAUGUUACAAACAUCGGAACAUACUGUCAUGGAAAACCUGGAAAAGUCAUAACAUUUCAAAAUCACAUUUUCUAAUAUUGGAAAAGUCAUGGAAUUGUGACUGGUAUCUUCCAUGGAUAACCUACCAUGUCUCGUAAUGGCAAAUUUAUUUUCUGCCACUGACGUAACGUUGCUCCAAUAUGUAUAGAUGUGACUUUUACUAUUAUGUAUGCUUCUUUAUUCUCUCCCAUGUCAGAUGGUUGUAUAUAUUAAAUAGAAUUUGAAUCUGAUAUAUUUAAAAAGAACACUGCGCAAGUUUGUAAAAAAAUAAACAUCUUUUAACAUGGGUCCUUGAAAAGUUUUGAAAUGUAGUACAUGAAAAUGUGUGGGAACCCUGUACAAUUAACGUUUGGGGAAACCGUGCCCUUUUCUGAGUAGCCGAUGGCGGAUCAUGUUUUAUUUUAAUUUGAGUGGCAUUUAAAAAGCUUAAACCUAAGGAAUUUAAAAUUGAUAUUCAUAUUUUUCAAUGAAAUCUUUGCAGUAGCAUAUUAAUUAACAUAUUACCUGAAGUUAAUUGUUACCAAAAGUAAAAAUACUGAAUGAGUAGUCAGUAUGAUUCUGAAAAGUAUGAGUAUACAGAGAAAUGGAAGUAUAAAGACAUGCAUGGUAAACAAAGGUUUCUCUCAUUUGUUAGCAUGUAAUUAUCAAUCAGGUCGAUAACAUGAUAGGAUUUUUUUUUUUUUUUUUUUUUUUCGUCUCAUUCAUCGGUGCUUUGGUUUUCCUCAGUGAAAGUGAAGUAAAAGCAGCCAGUGGCGUUGAAGGCAUCUCUCCCUCUCCCCCUCUCUCCCUCUCUCUCACUAAUGAUAAAUUGGGAGGCUGGCUUUGUGCGAGGAGUCUGACAGGAGAGGGGAAGCACAGCCCAGCUGCAGAAAGCUUUCCACCAUUUCAUCUCAGGAGAAUGGACAGCUCAGACCAGGUUUGCCUUGCCCCUGGAAACACAUACUUGUGACUAACUGGAGGGAUAAACCAUGGGAACAGAUGGGAAUUCUAUAACAUAGCCUCAAUCAGCUGGAUACCUGUUUGAACAAUGGCUCCUGCAGCUACAGCACAGCAUCUGUGUAACCCCUGAGAAGAUCCAAGUGUGGGAAAAGAGCUGUUUUUGUACUGGAAGAGGUGGGAAAGGGAAGGCGGGUUGCUGCCUAACCCCAUGCCUGCCCCCAGAAAAUUUCUGGUGGCGUCCACCUCGCUGCCCCUGGCACUGGGCUGGGGCUGGAACCUGAGCUUGUACGUGGGGAUGCUCAUCGGACUCCUCAUGCUCAUGCUGCUUCUUCUCUGGAUGCUCCUCAAGCAGCUGAGUAACUCGGUGGGGAAAUCCAUGCUGCAGCCCGGUCGCUCUUUCAGGCAGCCUUGCUUGGAGCAGAGGUUUCAGCACGUGUUGUGAAAAAUGGGGACAAAUUCUGCCACUGCCAGGACUGAGGCUUGUUGGAGUGUUUUACAGAGUCAUGUAAGAAAAUGACUUUAAAAACUGAUUUGUUUUGGACUCAAGUGCUUAUACUCCCUCUCAAAAUAAUAAAACCUGCUCAUGUUUGUUCUUAUAGAAA